AUGCCCACCGACAAACAGCGGAUAGUUGUCGUUGGCGGAGGGGGGGCUGGUAGCUUGCUUGCACGUUCGCUUUCCUCCAAGAUAGACAUCACGAAGCAAUCUCUGACGCUCGUUACCGCACGGCCGUUCAAUGUCUACCUCCCAGGCCAGUGUCGCACAACCGUAUCCGAUCAAGGGAGUCUUGAGAAGAAAACGCUCUUCCCGUAUGACCGAUUGUUUCACAACGGGAAGGGCACAAUCAGGAUUGCUACAGCAAAAGCUAUUGAACGUAACGCAAGCACUGUAGGCGGGGCCGUCGUGCUCGAGGGCGGAGAGAGCAUCGGUUACGAUGUCCUCGUUCUUGCCCCCGGGUCUGUAUGGGAAGGGCCGCUUGCGUAUCCCAACGAUCCAGAAGGAGUUGAAUCACAUCUUUCAAUAUGGCGAACAAACUUCGCGGAGUCGACCCAUAUCGUACUGGCAGGUGGCGGAGCUGUUGGGAUAGAGUUCGCUGGAGAAAUAAAGGACAUCUGGCCCCACAAGAAGGUUACUAUCGUUCAUGGGAACUCAGCUCUCCUGAACGAUACCUAUCCUGCGAAAUAUCGUGCCCUUCUCGAACGUCAACUGCUUGCUCGUGGUGUCGAGAUACUCUACAACGACUUCGUCGAGGAAAUACCACUACCUGGUCCGGCGUCUAUCACAACACGACGCGGCAUGCAGUUCGAUGACGCGCUCAUUGUUCCGACCCGCGGAGGCCGGCCGAAUACCGAUUUUAUACGGUCCUGCCUCCCAAAUCUGCUCAAUGAUACGGGGCAGAUUCGUGUUCGACCCACGUUACAGACCCUCGACUACCCCGAUAUAUUCGCCAUUGGCGACUGCACGGAUUGGAACGAACAGAAGCAGAUCGGGAAGUACUAUUCGCAUGUGUCCGUAUGUGCGGCCAAUGUCAUCGGUUACUUGCGUCAGGUCAAGACGAUGAAGGUGUACAAAGGAAGCUACGAAAUGAUCGUCAUCACCAACGGACAGAACGGUGGCGCUUCUUAUUUCGGUAUUCUGUGGGGAUUCAUAUUCGGCAAUUGGGUUUCGAAGGUGUUGAAGUCAAAACACCUAUUAAUCGGACUUUCCAGGAGAAAUGUUGGUCUGUAG